UGCGCCCUGGCCCCAGCCGGGCCGCCGCCGGGCAUUGGCAGCUCCGGGGAGAGCCUUCCGGGCUCCGGGUGGUGCGGCGGGCCGGGGGCCGCGAUCCGAGGGAGGAGGUGCAGGGGGCAAGGCCUGGGGAACAGCACCUAGCCUGCGCUGUGGAGGCUGCGGGGGCGCGACUCCAGAUGCAGAAGCGAUGGAGUUGAGCUGCAACGAAGUACCUCUUUAUGGACGGACAACUGUGUAUGCGACAUUUGGCAAAAAUGUGUAUCUCCCCGAAGAUGCUGAGUUUUACUUUAUCUAUAAUGGAUCCCAUCAGAGACAUAUCGUGAUUGCAGAGCGUGUGGAAGCCAACGUUCUCCAGUCCAGCAUUCCAGGCCACGGGCUUCAGGAGACAGUAGUGGUGUCUGUGUGUCUCUGUUCGGAAGGCUAUUCACCAGUGACUAUGGGCUCCGGCUCAGUGACCUACGUGGACAACAUGGCUUGCAGGCUGGCCCGUUUGCUGGUGACCCAGGCUGACCGCCUCACCACCUGGAGCCAUCAGACCCUGCUGACCCCUUUUGCCCUGACGGUGGGAGCCCUGCCUGCAUUGGACGAGGAGCUCGUGCUGGCUCUGACCCAGCUGGAGCUGCCUCUGGGUUGGACUGUCUUGGGAAAUUCUUCCCUUGAAGUGUCUCUGCACAGGGAGUCUCUUCUGCACCUGGCUGUGAGAUGGGGCCUGGCCAAGCUCUCCCAGUUCCUCCUGUGUCUGCCUGGGGGAGUUCAGGCCCUGGCUUUACCCAAUGAAGAGGGCUCCACACCGUUAGACUUAGCUUUCCAGGGCGGACACUCCAAGCUGGUGGAAGAUAUCAAGAAUUUCCAGGGUGGGCAGUCGCCGGGCUUCUCCCGAGUGCAGCUCAGUGAAGAUGCCUUCCUGCAGUAUGUUCACUCAUCGGAAACGCUGACCCUGACCUUCAACCACACGGCCGAGCAUCUGUUGGAGGCAGAUAUUAAACUCUUCCGGAAGUACUUCUGGGAUAGAGCCUUUCUUGUUAAGGCUCUUGAACAAGAAGCCAAGCCAGAAGAAAGACCAUCCAUGCCCUCCAAUGCUGCAGAAACCGAAGAAGAGGUUAAGCACUUGGUGCCCAGUGGACCAUCACCUACCGAGGAGAACGCCAAGGUAAUGAGGAGUAAGGUGAAUUGGCCAGCCAGCCAGAAGCCUCAGCGUGCACUUGUUUUGUAUCGCUCCUUUGAUGACCUCAAAAAAUCCAAGCUGCGCCCGGAAUUCCUUGCCACAGGCCAUCUCUCUAACAUGCUGAAUGGAGGUGAUGAAGUCUACGCGAACUGUAUGGUGAUAGACCAGGUUGGCGAUCUGGAUAUCAGCUAUGUCAGUGUAGAGGGGAUUCAUGCCAACGCCAGUGCUGAAGCCAUGGGUUCCACCCUGGGCUCUCAGAGCUGCAUGUACCUUCCUCCUGCGGAAAACAGCCCUGGUAUGUUGUUCCCAGGCAACGAAAUGAUGGCCAAUCCUGAAGCCAGACCCCUUACGUCACCACCUAGCUCACACACUUCCAAUUUUGAUCUUCAUUUAGGUCUCCAUGGACCCAAGAGAGAACAAAAUCAUCUUAAGAAAAGAAGUUCCAGCCUGGAUGCCUUGGACACAGACAGUGCACGGGACGGGCAUUCUGAGCACGCUCAUGUUUGCUGCACGUCCCAGUCUCAUGGUUCUUCAAGAACAGGGACUCCUGCUGGGGAGGAAUUGGACUCUUUUGAGAACAACACACUACCAGAUUUUCACAUCUCCAGGACCGAGUCACUUUCUCUAUCAAGUCAUCUACAGCCAAAGGAAUCCUUGCUUUCUGGAAUCCGCUCACGUUCUUAUUCCUGUUCAUCAACUAAAAUUUCUUUAGGAAAAACUCGAUUGGUGCGUGAUUUUACACUGUGCAAUUCAAACGAGGAGCAAAGAGCUUACAGCCUGUCGGAGCCUCCAAAAGACCAAAGAAUUCAGGAAGAAGAAUGGGAUAAAUACAUCAUACCUGCCAAAUCGGAGUCUGAAAAAUACAAAGUGAGCCGGACUUUCAGCUUCCUCAUGAACAGGAUGACUAGUCCUCGGAAUAAAUCCAAGAUGAAGAGCAAGGAUGGUAAAGACAAAGAGAAACUCAGUCGACAUCAGUGUGUCCCUGGGACAUUCUCUGGUGUUCCGCAGUGUUCAGCCUGUGACAAAACACUCCUGGGGAAAGAGUCAUUCCAGUGUUCCAACUGUAACACGAAUGUCCGCAAGGGCUGCCGAGACGCUGCGCCUGCGUGUCCCAAGAAAUUCCAAGAGAAAUACAACAAGAACAAACCACAGGCCAUCCUGGGAAACUCGUCAUUUAGAGACACUCCACAGCCAGCUCUCUCCUUGCACACUUCUUCCUCCAUGCCUGUUGGAUUGCCCACGGGAAGGAAGGAGACUGCAGGGCAGGUCCAUCCAUUGUCCAGAAGUGUCCCAGGCCCCACCUUGGAAAGCUUCAGGAGGUCAGUGACAUCCUUGGAGUCGGAAAGCGACAGUAGCAACUGGAGAAGCAGGUCCCACUCCGAUGAGCUGCUGCAGUCCGUGGGCUCGUCUCCCUCGGCGGAGUGCUUCAUAAUGGAAGAUGUCGUGGAGUCUUCUCUGUGGAGUGACCUCAGCAGUGAUGCGCAGGAUUUUGAAGCAGAAUCCUGGAGUCUAGUGGUGGAUCCCUUGUUCUGUAGCCAGCAGGAGAAGGAUGUCAUCAAAAGACAGGAUGUCAUCUUUGAGCUAAUGCAAACAGAAAUGCAUCACAUCCAGACCCUGUUCAUCAUGUCUGAGAUCUUCAGGAAAGGCAUGAAAGAGGAGCUGCAGCUUGACCACAGCACCGUGGACAGGAUCUUCCCCUGUUUAGAUGAGUUGCUUGAAAUCCAUCGGCAUUUCUUCUACAGUAUGAAGGAGCGAAGGCAAGCGUCCUGCACUGGCAGUGAUAAGAAUUUUGUCAUCAACCGCAUUGGAGAUAUUCUGGUGCAACAGUUUUCAGAAGACAAUGCAAGUAAAAUGAAGGCAAUAUAUGGAGAAUUCUGUAGCCACCACAAAGAAGCAGUUAGCCUCUUCAAAGAGCUCCAGCAGAACAAAAAGUUUCAGAAUUUCAUUAAGCUCCGAAACAGUAAUCUCCUGGCUCGACGCCGAGGGAUUCCAGAAUGCAUUCUGCUGGUUACUCAGCGCAUCACCAAGUACCCAGUCUUGGUGGAAAGGAUAUUGCAGUACACAAAGGACAGAACAGAAGAACAUCAAGACUUAUGCAAAGCUCUGGGCUUGAUUAAAGACAUGAUUGCAGCCGUGGACCUGAAAGUCAACGAGUAUGAGAAAAACCAAAAGUGGCUGGAGAUCCUCAGUAAGAUUGAAAACAAAACAUGCACGAAGCUCAAGAGUGGCCAUGUGUUCAGGAAGCAGGCGCUGCUCAGCAAAGAGAGGACUCUGUUACACGAUGGUGUCGUUUACUGGAAAACCGCCACCGGCCGUUUCAAAGAUAUCCUAGCUCUCCUUCUAACCGAUGUGCUGCUCUUUCUACAAGAAAAAGACCAGAAAUACAUCUUUGCAGCUGUUGAUCAGAAGCCAUCCGUUAUUUCCCUGCAGAAGCUAAUUGCCAGAGAAGUUGCUAAUGAGGAGAGGGGCAUGUUUCUGAUCAGCGCCUCCUCCGCUGGUCCAGAGAUGUAUGAAAUCCACACCACCUCCAAGGAGGAACGGAAUAACUGGAUGAGGCGGAUCCAGCAGGCAGUCGAAAGUUGCCCAGAGGAAGAUGGAGGAAGGACGAGUGAAUCGGAUGAAGAGAGGCGGAAAGCUGAGGCCAGAGUGGCCAAAAUUCAGCAAUGUCAAGAAAUACUCAGUCACCAAGACCAGCAAAUUUGCACGUGCUUGGAAGAGAAGUUGCAUAUCUAUGCCGAACUUGGAGAACUGAGUGGAUUUGAGGAUGUCCAUCUGGAGCCCCACCUCCUCAUUAAACCUGACCCCGGGGAGCCUCCGCAGGCAGCAUCACUACUGGCCGCAGCACUGAAGGAAGCCGAAAGCCUCCAAGUGGCGGUGAAGGCCUCGCAGGUGGGUCAGUCCUGGGAGGAAAGCUGUGGAGAGGGUGUCUGCGAGGACACCCCGAGCUCCUGUGACACGCUGUGCUCACCUGCUGCCUCAGUAGCUCCAGAGGGGACAGAAGGAAGAGGCUGUUGGGCUGAGGAUGGCGGGAGCCAAGGUGUGGGAGCCGGCCAGGCGGGCCCCGAAGCUGGAGAAAAGGUGGAAACCAGAAGCUUCCCGGGUUCCUCACAGUCAGAGAUCAUACAGGCGAUACAGAAUUUAACGCGCCUCCUAUAUAGCCUUCAGGCCGCCUUGACCAUUCAGGACAGCCACAUUGAGAUCCACAAGCUUGUUCUCCAGCAGCAGGAGAGCUUGGCCCCCAGCCUCUCCUUCAGAGGCAGCCCCUUCUCCGACCAGGACAAGUGUCGCCAUCCGGAGAAGCAGCGCGAAGAGCUGGCUGACAUCUAUAAGCUGCAGCAUCAGUUCCAGCAGGAGCAGCGGCGCUGGCACCGCAGGUGUGACCAGCAGCAGCGGGAGCAGGAGGCCAAGGAGAGCCUGCUGCAGGCACGCGAGCGCCAGUGCCAGUCCCAGGAGGAGCUGCUGCUGCGCAACCGGGGCGAGCUGGACCACCAGCUGCAGGAGUACCAGCAGAACCUGGAGCGGCUGCGCGAGGGUCAGCGCGUGGUAGAGAGAGAGCGUGAGCAGGUGCGCAUCCGGCAAAGUCUGCUGUCCCGCUGGAAACACGGCCGCCAGAGGAGCCUGCCUGUGGCCUUCCCUGCAGGAGGAAAGGAGGUAAUGGAACUUACUAGAUCUGAGAGUUUAUGUCAUGAGAACUCAUUCUUCAUCCAUGACGCAUUAAUACGAACGCCACUGAAUGCUUUCAGCAAACCAAGCCCGUCAGGUGUCCAGCAGGAUGCCACUUACCCCCCAAGUAUAUCGCAUUUCGACUUGACCAGGACUUGCGAAAAUCAAGCAGAUCACAAGACAGAUGAUCUUCCUCUCCUGGAUGUCAAUCACGAACUGUGGGCUGCUGCUGGGUGCUGUCAACAGGUACCUCCUCCCCAUGAACGCAGCACGGAUUCUUGUACAAAUGAUCUGCACACUUCCCAGGCCGAGUCCCCAGUCCCUGACAACCCCAGCCCACUCCACCCUCCGCCGCAGACGUUUGCAACAGAAACAAAGCUUGGUCUACAGACAGUGACCAGAGAAGAUGGGGAAACCAUAGAUGAAGUGGAAGAAAACAUUGUUUACCUCUGAUUGCAUUGUCAUCGUUUUUCCAAAUCAAACAAAACACUGGCACUUUGGGGAGAAACUUUUUUUUCUCCUGUACUCUAUG